GGGAUAUUCUUGUAAUCAAGCGCUGCAGCGAUGGCCUCCCCAGAGGGCGGUGCGGGGUCCCGCCCCCAGCACUGUGUGACCCGCGUGGAGCUGUCCGUCACGGCCGCCCACCUGCUGGACCGGGACGUUGCCUCCAAGUCGGACCCCUUCUGCGUGCUCUUCAACGAGGUGGACGGCAACUGGGCCGAGAUCAGCCGCACGGAGACGGCCGUGAACAACCUAAACCCGGUGUUCGGGGUGAAGUUCCGGGUGGACUACCACUUCGAGGAGGUGCAGAAGCUGCGCUUCGCCGUGUUCGACGAGGACAAGUGUGCGUCACAGCUCUAUGAACACGACUUCCUCGGGGAGUUCAUCUGCACCUUGGGAGUGAUUGUGUCCAAUAAGAAACUUGUCCGACCACUUCUCUUAGCCAAUGGGAAACCAGCGGGCAAAGGAACUAUUACGAUCACAGCCCAGGAGCUGUCUGACAACCGGAUCAUCACCCUCAGCCUGAGUGGAAGAAAAUUGGACAAAAAGGACUUCUUCGGAAAGUCUGAUCCUUACCUGGAGUUCCACAAACAAGGAGAAGAUGGGAAGUGGAUGUUGGUGCACAGAACAGAGGUCAUUAAGAACACUCUGGACCCCGUGUGGAAGGCCUUUACGGUGCCUCUGGUGUCGCUGUGUAACGGAGACGUCGACAGGAACAUCAAGGUGCUGUGCUACGACUAUGACAAUGAUGGAGGUCAUGACUUCAUAGGAGAGUUUCAGACCACUGUGACCAAGAUGAGCCACGCCAGCACCACAGAGGUGGAGUUUGACUGCAUCAAUCCGAAGAAACAGAGAAAGAAGAAGAAUUACAAGAACUCUGGUGUCAUCGUUCUGAAGUCGUGCAAGAUUAUACGAGAUUAUACAUUCCUGGAUUAUAUUCUCGGAGGAUGUCAAUUGAUGUUUACUGUUGGGAUUGACUUCACUGCGUCCAAUGGGAACCCUCGAGAGCCCUCCUCCCUGCAUUACAUCAACCCGCUGGGCAGCAACGAGUACCUGGCCGCCAUCUUGGCGGUCGGCCAGAUCAUCCAGGACUACGACACAGACAAAAUGUUUCCUGCUUUAGGAUUUGGAGCUAAACUCCCACCAGAUUGGAAGGUGUCACAUGAGUUUGCCAUCAACUUUGACCCCACGAACCCCUUCUGUUCAGGGGUGGAGGGCAUCGCCCAGGCCUACUCCAGCUGCCUCCCCCACCUCCGCUUCUACGGACCCACCAACUUCUCUCCCAUCAUCAACCACGUGGCGCGCGUCGCUAGCCAGGCGCUACAGCAGGAGAGAGCGGCGCAGUACUUCACCCUCCUGAUCAUCACUGACGGGGUGAUCAGUGACAUGGACGAGACGCGCCACGCCAUCGUGGCGGCGGCCAAGCUGCCCAUGUCCGUCAUCAUCAUCGGCGUCGGCAACGCAGACUUCGCCGCCAUGGAGUUCCUGGACGGCGACGCCAGCGUCCUGCGCUCGCACACCGGGGAGGAAGCCGCCCGCGACAUCGUGCAGUUCGUCCCCUUCAGGGACUUCAGGAACGCUCCUAAGGAGACUCUGGCUAAAUCCGUUUUGGCUGAGCUUCCUCAACAAGUCACUCAGUACUUCAAACAGAGGAACCUGUCGCCUAGCAACCAAGCGGCUGAGUAG